AUGGCGCAUGCAGAAAAAGACGAGCUUUAUGCAAGGACCACUGAAGUAGCUUUCUACUUAAGUGUGUAUUGCGAGCCCGUACGCCAAGCAUGUGUGACCACGUACAAUUGCCCUGAUUGCUCAGAUGUUGCUACUCUGUUCAACCCUUCUGAUAUUCUUGCACCUGCACGCGGGAAAUUGAAAUCAAAAGGCGAUGGUGAGGGCUAUACAUGUGUAUUAGCGUGCAUUCGAGCAUGUUUAAAAGUUUUGACUGCCGUUUUACGUGCUGGUGUCCAUUCGGGCAUCCCAGGAGACAAGUCAAUUACCAGUGCGCCUAUUCGCAGCGGGAUAAAUGGCAGUUGCCAACACUACAGCACCGUUGGUCAGCGCACUCACUUAGGGGCUCUGUUUGUGGCCUUCUUUUCAUUGCCUUCUCUCUAUCUUCUUUCACCUAUUUUAUUCAUUAAAAGACAAGCGAAAUUAGGAACGGUUUCUCCCAAGUGUGAACGAAAUCCCUCAGGUUCUGAAGUGCCUUGGGGCGGGUCACCUGCGGCACAAGCCGUUUGCACGUCGGGAGCCGCAAACUGUGCCGCCUCCAAGUACAGACAUCCGUACGAAAUAGGUAUCUGCAAAGAAAGUGGCGGCCAGCUCACAAUGUUGAACGCGGAAGCCCUUUCUGCGCCAACGCCGGCUGAAGCAGCUUCCUCCAGCCCUUCUGCCUUGGAUGACAGCCCUAUUAAUUGUUCUCCUCGUCAGAAUCUGUGCUCCGGAAAUGCAGCAGGAUCGCGCAACGAAGGCGAGUGCAGUGCGCCGCCGGGCUCAACGCAACAGAAGCGCAAGAGAUUUUCUCGCAUGAAGCAGAGAGGAUCAGCAAUUCUGGACGCAGCAUUUGCGCGGCAUGGAAUGAUUGUGUAUGACCACGCAUGGAAAUUUAUCAUUGGAUUUGCAGUCCUCAGCGCUGCUAUGGCCCUGGGCAUCUUUUUCCGCAAGAAUGAGUAUGACAUGUUCAAGUUGUACAGCUAUCCAGGAGCUCCCAGUCAUAAUGUGCGCCAGCUAUUAGAAUCGACAUUCAGCCCAAGGCGUUUCAACUACUUUUUCAUAACACGCGACGACAACAUGCUCACUAAAGAAGGCAUGGAGCAGGUUAACAACCUCAUCACCGCAGUAAAAAGCCUUACCCUUAACCGAGAUGAAGUAGUGACAGAUGAAUACGGAAACGAGCUCCCCCCUGGGGCACAACCUCCUGAGGGCAUGCCUUUGGAGGUAACAUACGAAGACUUAUGUGCCCGGGACUCGUGGGAUGACUGCAGCGUACUCUCUGUGUUGGAGCUGUACACAUCGGAACGUCAGUGGGGUAGGCCAAUUACAACAAGAGACUGGCCUCUUGCAGUGAACUUGCACACGAGAAAGGCGUUCCACCUUGAUGCACUCCUGGGAGACAUGCGUGUUUCCAUGGUUGACAACGGAGAACAAAAGCUGCACCGAGUAACAGGUGCUACGGCAUGCCUUGUGCGAUUCGACUUGCAAGGUGAUGUUGCCGUGGCACCGUAUACCGCCGCUCUGGAAAAGAAGAUAGAAAAAGUGGCACAAUCAUUUGAAGCCACAGGGUUCACGCUUACAUACAAACUUGAAAGGUCUAUUUCAGAUGAACUCAUGCGCUCCUCCCUGAUGGGACCUGCGGAAACUGUCGCGCUCAUCCUUGCGACAUUGACAGUGCUGGGGUACACAGUAGUUGUCAACACCACAACCAGCUACCGGACCAAGACCCUUCCCGCAAUUUGUUCGGUGGCUUCUACUCUUCUGGGUUAUGCUGGGGGUGCAGGUUUCAUAUACUUCUGUGGGGUCGAGCACACUCCUCCUGCAGAUGCGACGCCUUUCCUUGUUCUAGGUAUCGGUGUGGAUAAUGCAUUCGUGCUGCUGAACUCAUACUGCCUCACAUUCUUACAUGAUACCCCACGAGCCAGGAUCGUCAGCACGGCCAGGGAUGCUGGGGUUUCAAUCACUAUCACCACAAUGACCAGCGUUGCUGCGCUCAUAAUUGGUGCAGUUUGUCCAUUCUUCAGCAUCAGCAGGUUCUCUAUAGUCACAGCAUUCUGCUUGGCGUGGUCUUACGUGCUUGCCCAAACUAUCUUUCUCGGUUGCCUCUCUCUUGAUGCCAGGAGAGAAGCCUUCUUCACUAAAAAGCAAUCGGCAAUGACGGCAGACUCGCACAAAGAGUACCACCGGCAGUUAGCCAUGGAUGGACUGUCCUCUCCAGGACAUGGCGUAGUCAAGUCUCCUCAAAGCCUCGAAAGCAACCAAGGAUCGGAGUCGCUGUGCAGUCCCGCAAACAUUCAACACCUCCCCCGCGCAGACAAACAAACGAACCUAAGCAUAUCGAGUGCUUCGGGUGAUCAAGUACAAGUCGCACCUGAAUCUCCAGAAAGACUACUCAUUGUGCCUCAUCAAGAUGAGUCCUCUCCAUCUGAGGGAGCAUCUGAGGAGCGCUUUCUAUCAAUGCAAAGCUGUGACAAUGUGGUGCACAACCCUAACAAAUCUGAUCUCCUGGUGGCGCUAAAGAAACUGUCUACGUACGAACUGGCUUCCCUGAUGACCUUCCGUAUGCAGCAUAUAUGGCAACAGCACCGCGAAAUUGUGGCGAAGUAUUUUAACUCCACGGUAGCUCUAUUCGAGCAGAAGGAUGGGCAAAACUCUCGCCGCGGCAUCCCCACAAUUUUCAGUAUUCUCAGCCGAGGAUCCAAGGUGCAAUCCACGGAGCAGGCGCAGCAAGGAUUUGCUGAUCAGCUCCCGGUUAGGGGACCAUCUCUGGAAGCAGGAAGUUCUCGGGAGGAGCAGAUUAACGGGGAGGCUGACCAGACGAGAGAAUUUUCGAGAGUUAUGCAGGGGGAAGCGAGUGCUGCAGCAGAACCUUGCGCUGGGGAGGAACCUUCAGAGACUUUGCCUCAAAACGAGCUACAUAAAGACCCUCUUGAACAUUCAAGACCUCGCAUUGUGCGAAUGCGGAUGGGAAAUGCAGCCGAUGGAUACAUGCUAAUGGCGGAGCAGGAAUUCCUUGUAGUUCUCGACAAAUAUACGACAGAGCCGAAAGGUAACGUGGGGAAGAUUUACAGGAGACUCCUAGGAAAGUACUACUGCAGGCUUAUGGGAAACAUGUGGGUACGACGUUUCAUAUUUGUGGCCUUUGCUGCAAUUGUGAGCGUCGCCAUUUACGGCCUGACUCGCAUAAGGACUGGCAUUACUGCUGAUGAAAUUACGCCAUCCGACUCGCACCUUAUUCCAUUCUUUGAGGAUCGCGCAAAGUAUUUCAGCUCCCUUGGCGAGGAAGUAACUGUCUUCUUCCCCAAAAGAGAAGACUGGUCCAGGAGGGACGUGAGGGAGCGUAUUUUGACCAUAAAUAGGGAAUUGGCUGCUAGUGGGCAUGCUCUAGCGCUUUACAAUGGCAUGGCAAUGUUCCUUGAGGAAAGGGGCGAUUCGUUGCAAGCUGAGAACGAACAAGCAUUCAACAAUGAGCUCUACGCUUGGCUGGAGGGAGACCCUGUUGGGCGUCAGUUCCGCACAUCGUUUUUGUGGCGCACCCGAUCAGAAGGAUCAUCGGGUCCUCUACUUCUAGCGUGGAAGUUUACAUACUGGCUGCCACACAGUCUCGACGCUGACUUACUUUUGGACUGGUUCAAGGAAACGCAAAAACUACUAAUAGACUCAGCCGACCUUUUCGAGUGCUACGCCUUCACCCCGCUUGCAUUGUUAUGGGAAAGCGACCCGUUUACCGUUAAAAGUACAGUCAACAGCCUUCUGUCAGCCCUCCUUGCGAUUAUUUGUAUGACGGUGCUUCUCAUUCCUGACUUCCUCUCAGUACUGAUUGUGGCCGUCACGGUGCUGCUCAUCGAUCUAUGCCUCUUUGGCUUCAUGACCCUCUGGGGUCUGCGCCUCAACCUAAUUACUAUGGUAAACCUUCUUCUAGCUAUAGGUUACUCGGUGGACAGCACACUAUUCCUGCUUCACGCAUUCACUCACGGCUGCGGGGCCACACGGGAAGCGCGUAUGACUGAGGGGAUGCUGAUGAUGGGCUGCCCGGUGGCAAACGGAAUGCUCAGUACCCUCCUCGCAGUGUUCUACCUUGUUGGCACCACGAAGUUUGUGCUUAUCGCCUUUUUCCGAAUGAUGGUUCUUGUUUUGCUGCUUUCCUUUGGAUUCGGCAUGAUUCUGCUUCCUGCAGUUUUGUGCAUCAUCGGACCACUGCCGCCGAAUCCCCCAGUCGUAUCCUACUGCAUCGUUAAAGCUACAUUUGUAGGAACUGCCAACGACACCCUGAGCAACGAUGGUGCCAUACCCCGAGAAGGAGUCGGAGCAGGGCCAGCCGUAGCGGACAUUACACCUGCGUACGAUUCACCUGCUCUCAAGAAAACUGAUUGA